AUGCACUGGCGGUCGCCCCAGCGGAGCACGCACGACUCCCGCGUUCGUUUGUUCUGCCCCCCCCCCCUCCGGCGCGAGUCGUUCUGGCCCAAGCCACCUCCUGGCACUCAAGCCGCCAUCCUGCGCCCAGCGCCGCUGACAGCCCGUAAAACCGCCGAAGCAAUGGCUCCCAGGCGCUCCGCCCCGCUGACCCUGGUGGCCCUCGGCCUGCUGGCCGCCGCGCCGCUGCCCCGCCUGGGCUUCCUGGGCGGCACGGCGGCUGGCCGCCGCCGCGGCGCCGUGGCCCGCGGCGCGUUCGACUCGGGGAAGGUGAACGUCGGGGUGGAGCUGGACACCGACGUCCCGCCGCCGCCGCAGCCGGCGCGCCCCAUGCGACGAGGGGUGCAUCGUCGCCAUCAACGACUGCCUCGAGGACGGCUGUAG